AUGGUCGCCAGUAGGGCACAAGGUCCAGACUUCAGAAGAGCUUUGGGCCCAGGGAGCUGCCUGCCUCCAGAGCAGCACUGCCAGGCCACUGGGGAGAGCUUCCUGACCCGCCUGGUGGCUGUGCGGCCCGACCCGACGGAGGCGGCGGACACAGCGGAGGGUCCACCCUGCACCCGCCGGACAGUGCGCGCUGCCCGCUCGGCCCAGCUGCCACCGCCGGGCACGCACCUGCGGGACGUGGACCUCCAGCGCAUGGCCAGGUCCCCCUACCGAGCUGGCCGCGGGGUCUCCCGGGUCCCCCCCCCCCGAGCUGACCGCAGGGGUCCCCGGGUCCCCACCCCCCCAGCUGACCGCAGUGGCGAUCUGCUGAAGCCCCCUCCUCCGAUGGGGCGGCUCUGGGACAACGUGGAAAGGGCAGACGCCUUGCAGCUGUCAGUGGAAGAGUUCGUGGAGCGCUAUGAGAGACCUUACAAGCCCGUGGUCCUCCUGAAUGCCCAGGAGGGCUGGUCUGCCCAGGAGAAGUGGACGCUGGAACGCCUCAAGAGGAAAUACCGGAACCAGAAGUUCAAGUGCGGGGAAGAUAACGACGGCUACUCGGUGAAGAUGAAGAUGAAGUACUACAUCGAGUACAUGGAGAGCACCAGAGACGACAGCCCCCUCUACAUCUUCGACAGCAGUUACGGUGAACACCCCAAGAGGAGGAAACUCCUGGAAGACUACAAGGUGCCCAAGUUUUUCACAGAUGACCUGUUCCAGUACGCAGGGGAGAAGCGGCGGCCCCCUUACAGGUGGUUUGUGAUGGGGCCACCUCGAUCUGGAACAGGAAUCCACAUUGACCCACUGGGCACCAGCGCCUGGAAUGCCUUGGUCCAGGGACACAAGCGCUGGUGCCUGUUCCCCACCAGCACACCCCGGGAACUCAUCAAGGUGACCCGAGAGGAAGGAGGGAACCAGCAGGACGAAGCCAUCACCUGGUUUAAUAUCAUUUAUCCACGGACACAGCUGCCCACCUGGCCACCCGAAUUCAAACCCCUGGAAAUCUUACAAAAACCAGGAGAGACUGUCUUUGUACCAGGAGGCUGGUGGCAUGUCGUCCUCAACCUCGACACCACCAUCGCCAUCACACAGAAUUUUGCCAGUAGCACCAACUUCCCUGUGGUAUGGCACAAGACGGUAAGAGGGAGACCAAAGUUAUCGAGGAAAUGGUAUAGGAUCCUGAAGCAGGAGCACCCCGAGCUGGCUGUCCUGGCUGACUCGGUUGACCUGCAGGAGUCCACAGGCAUCGCCUCCGACAGCUCCAGCGACUCGUCCAGCUCGUCCAGCUCCAGCUCGUCUGACUCCGACUCUGAGUGUGAGUCUGGGUCUGAAGGCGACGGCAUGGUGCACCGCAGGAAGAAGCGGAGGACAUGCGGCAUGAUGGGGAAUGGGGACACCACCUCCCAGGACGACUGUGUGAGCAAAGAGCGCAGCUCCUCCAGGUGA